AGGUCUCUCCCAAGGACGUGGAGAUGAAAGCCACAGAUGCUCCAGGCCCUGAUCUGGAGCAGACCCUGGCAUGGCUAAGACAGGAGUUGGCUGAGAUGCAGGCACAAGACCAGAGAUUACUGCUCAUGCUGACUCAAAUCCACCACGUCCUGGAGGAGCUGCGCACUGAGAGUGCCCGCUGGGAGGAUGCCAAGUUCAGUGAAAAGGCCUCCCCCAUCAGAGCCAGGGCAGGAUCUGAGGGCAGGGCUGGCCGGCCCAUCUCUUCCAAACAGCUGGCCCAACUCCUCUCAGGGGCAGAUAGCAGACGAAGCUCCCUCCCUUAA